ACGAAUUUGUAUUGUACCACGGUUCACUCCUGUGUCGUAAAGGAGGAAAGUGGAAAGGAGGUGCAGUUACUGGACGAAAAUGGCUGUGCAGUGGACAAAUAUCUCUUGAAUAAUUUGGUGUAUACGUCUGAUUUGACAGGUGGCCAGAUGUCCCAGGUCUUCAAAUUUGCUGAUCAGUCAUCUCUGUUUUUCCAUUGCCAGAUACGUCUAUCACUUAAACGAGGUAGCUGCAAGAGGACAAGUGACGAAUGUCCGGAUCCAUUAACUCGAGGCAAAAGAGAUCUGUGGAACGGUUAUCAAUAUACUAAUGGUGAUGAAACUGUCGUUGAUGUUUUCUCGCAGUCGAUGACUGUUUUCGAUAUUGAUGAUCCGAUAAGUAAUAAUUUCCAUAUAAAAUUUAGCCAUAACUUCAUUCCGAUAGUACAGUCUGCUUUACAAAGCUUUUGA